GAGAUAGAGAGAAAGAGAGAGGGAUUAAAAAACAGAAGGGCAGGAGAGAGAUAGAGAGACAGAGAGAGAGAGAGAUAAAGGGAGAGAGCGAGAGUGAGAUAUAUAGAAAGAGGGGGAGGGCGACAUAGAUAAAGAAAGAGAGAGAGAUAGAGAUAGAGUUAGAGAAAGAGAGAGAGAGAGUUGUAGGCACGUUCUUGUUUUGCUUUCAAGUUCUCGCUCUCUGCGCUGAAUCAGUUGUGCUGCCGUGACAGUUUGCUCCUGCUGUGCUGUGGUGCCUGUGCUCUGAUACAAACACUCACACACACGCACACACACGCACACACACACACAGACGGCGACUGAAAACACCCGGCGGCGUGGCAACAAGGGAGUGAGCGCCAACUUCAGCGGCUGACUCUGAUUCUUCAAGCCAGUGUAAGCAGAGAGAGAGAGAAAGAACGAGAGAGGCGGAGAGAAUCGGAGAGAGAGAAAUAGAGAGAGAGAGAGAGGCAGCUGCAGGGCUUCCUUUUCUGUCUCAGCAGCACCUGGACAGACGCCAUUCACCGCGGGGGGAAGCAGUACGCAGCUUCUCGCCACAUCUCGUCUUCCCUCUCUGGGGUGCUACUCUUCUGCUGCCGUGAAGUUCGGAAGGAGGCCAAGCCAGCACACAGAGAUUAGCCCCGAGGCCUGACCACCAUUACUGCAGCCACUGGAUAAUUACCAACCACAGACGAUCGACCAAACCAACCAACCAACCAGCUGGCAGCGUUUGCAGCACACCUUCCUUCUCAGGUAGCCUUCGGGUGUGUUUUUUACCGUGUGUGUGUUUGCGAGUGUCCAUUGCCAAUACCAACCGCCGGCACCACCAGAAGACGUAGGCUACAGCUUGCUCUGCACCUUUCCUCCUGCUCAGGUAGACUUUGGGCGUGUUCAUUCACGUGUGUGUGUUUGUGAGCGUCCAUCGGCAACGACCAAUCAGCAGCACCAGCAAGCAGCACACCUGCUCCGCACGCACCCUUCUUUCUCAGGUUUAGACUUUUGGGUGUGUUCAUUCACUCGUGCGUGUGUAUUUGUGACUUUCCACCGUCUCCCACCAGAACCGGUAGAAGAACGUCUACUUCAUACCCUUCCUUCUCUGGGUAGAACUUUGGGUGUGUUCAUUCAUUCGUAUGUGUGUACAGCAUUCGUGAUUCUCCGUCACCCACCUGAAUCAGCAUCAGAACAUUUCGGCCUACUUCGUACCCUUCCUUCUCUGGGCAGAACUUCAUCCAUCCAUCUAUCCACGUGUGUGUGUGUACUGUGUACUGUGUACUGCAUUCAUCAUGAGUUUCCGUCCGUCAUUGUCAUCGACCAUGUCGACGACGAGCGAGGAGGACUGCCGCUCGCCCAUCGGCCUGGACUGCUGCAGCUGCUGCCUGGACCUGGCCAACGGGUACCUGCCCGAGAGCCCCCGGCUGGGCGGCCUGGGCAGCCCCACCUUCAACAACCACUUCAGGCAGCUGCGCGAGCAGCUGGUCUUCCAGGACAACCUGAACACGGACAAGCUGAACAACAUGAUCAUGCGCCAGGACUCGCUGGAGUCGGUAGUGCGUGACCCCUGCUACCUGCUCAACGAGGGCAUCUGCAACAGCAACAUCGACCAGACCAUGCUCUCCAUCCUGCUCUUCUUCCACGGCAGCGAGACACGCAGGAAUGGCCUCCGUCACACGUCACAAGGGGACACAGACGCAGGGACACGUGCUGAGAUUGCCUCAGGUGCUAGCGUUGUGGCGAUAGACAACAAGAUCGAACAAGCAAUGGAUCUUGUAAAGAACCACUUGAUGUACGCCGUGCGCGAGGAGGUUGAGAUCCUCAAGGAGCAGAUCAAGGAGCUGGCAGAGAAGAACAACCAGCUGGAGCGGGAGAACAGCCUGCUGAAGAACCUGGCCAGCCCGGAACAGCUCGAGAAGUUCCAGUCUCGGGUACCCAGAGACGCCCAGCUGCUGGACAACCAGGAGGGCAUCAUUGGGGGGCUCAGCACAGAGCCCUUGGCCCAAUUCGGGGCCGGGUCUGCUGUAUAAGUGGCUCUGCCAACGGGGCGGGCAGAGCCACUGCCGUUUAUCUGAAAUGGACCUCUUCCACAAGUUGUUCAAGGGUCGUGCAAAACUUCAACACCACCACCACCACCGACAACGACGACAACAACAACAAAUGAAGCUGGUUGUACAGAUGAAACCUGACAUACAUGAAAAAGACAAUGUUCCCGGUCGGUAUAUGGCAACCUGUUCUUGUGCUAUCCGACAAUCGCUAUGGACUAAGGCGUAAGCAGAGAGAAACCCAGAGUUUUUUUUAUCUGCGAUGCCUGAGGUUACAUUGGGACAUUAAGAGAUUCCCCCUCCAUCACCUACACCACGACUACCACCACAUGCUCCUUGCUCCUGCUUUUACCAUCCUUUGAAGGAGCUUUGUGUGUGUGUGUGUAUGUAUGUGUGUGUGUGUUUGAGUGUGGAGUAUGGGGGUUUCCCAGCUUUGCCUUUCUCCCUCUCUUCAGAUGAAGACGAGCAGAGGGGGUGAUAUUUUUGUGUGCGUGUGUGUAACCAAACAAAGAGACCGCGCUGGCCCAGUGAUUCAGAGAUCUGCGUCCAGGGCUGGUUGUGGAGGCUGCCGUGACGCAGCCGGCCCAGAUCCGGGUCAGCGCCAAGCCACGCCAAGGACCUGGUAGUCUCCGGAGAUGUUCCUCCUUCCAUCUCCAGAGAGCCCCAAGCUCACGGAGUUCUGUUUUUUUUUCUCGGUCCUGAUGCAAGCAAGUUUUUUGGGGGGUAUGUCUCUCUGGAGAUUGUGCGAGAGACGAAAAGAGAGAGACGGAAGUUCAAAGACUGGACUGUCCACAUCCUUCACACUUCCUGACGAGUUUGUUACUAAAAAAAAAAUCCUAAAGACACCAGAAGAAACGGUCAAUGAGGACUUUUUUUGAGAGUGUCAUGCAGGAGCACGGGUUGUGAUCUCUCAGUGCCUUGCUCAGCCAGUGUUUUUUUAAUCUUCAACGUCAUAACUAUUCACACACACAUUUGCUUGUACUCUGUGCAGUUGGGGCUUGCUGCUUAAAGGGGGAAAAUACUGCAUUUGUUUUGUUUCGUUCUGUUUAUUUGAUGAAACUGAACAAAAAUUCACUUUAUCAUUAAUAAUUGAUGUGUAAAAAGCUAUGAUUCAGUUGAGAUAGAGAGAGAAAAUCUGUAUACAUUUGCUUAAUUCUGUAAAUUGGUGCAUUUUGUUGUAAAAAGUGUUUAUUUUCAACUUGCAGAUAUUGAGCAAAAGCAGCUGGCUACUGUUGCUGCAAAUGCACUCCCACAAUGACCUGCCAGACAUUUGUGUUGUGUUGACUACAUGCCAACUUGUUCCUGGCACGAUAUGUGUAUGUUUGUAAUGUAUGUAUGUGCGCAUUGAUUGAUGAUGAUGUGUGAGCGCAUGUGUUUAAACGUCUGUACAGGUUGCGUGACGAGAACCGUGUUUUCAGAAUGGACCUUGCGUUUUCUAACUACCAAAGACUUUGCCUCGUACUCAUAAGCCAACCAGGACCAUGUGUUACUUUCACAGGGAGAAGAAGUUUUUGACAAGCAGUAGUUUGGGAAAACUAGAAAAAUAAGAAAACGUUGGGUAUUGUUGCUCUAUUGUGUCCCGUGGGAUGGCUGUUAACAUUUGUUGUACGGAUACAAAAUGCACACUGCAAUAAACCUUAUGUUUACACUA